AUGCCUACUCGCCUUUUAGACUUGGGUGAUCCCAAUUCAAACUUUUGGCGUCUUCAUCAGGAUCCAGGACAUGUUCCAUACGCUGCACUCUCUCACCGAUGGUCCUCUGACACGCCUGAACUACACACCAGCAAUUACGAGAAAUAUGGCAAUUUUCAGCCCGAUACCAUCCUCCCACAAAGUUAUCAAGAUGUUAUUUCUAUCUGUCGCGCUAUACCAAUCCAAUAUCUCUGGAUUGAUUCUCUCUGCAUUAUACAGGAUGACAACAGCGAGGAAUUCUCGAAGGAAGCUCCACUUAUGAGGGAUAUUUACCAAUAUGCAUUCCUUACACUAUCGAUCUGCUGGGACUUCCCCGGUGUUUCUUUGUUUCGAAGGUGUCGGCCUCGAAGUGUACCUCGACCUUAUCCUCAUUUUUGUCAAGUAGAACAUAACUGUGGACCAGUGUCAGAUGAGUGGGUAUUUAUCACUGAGAGUUCAGGUCAUAGAUUGCGAGAUAUAUGUGAAGCACCCGUCAACCGGCGAGCAUGGGUGUUACAGGAACGCUACCUUUCGAGACGUCUCCUCUACCUUAGUAGUGACCAAUUAUACUGGGAAUGCAGCAAAGGCAUCGGGAGUGAAGUCUGUCCGACCACUUUUCAUCUUAGUGGUGAGAGAGAGUCUAUUGUGUAUCUUACUGGGGAUAGAAAAGUUUCGUCCUGGAACUCGACGCUUACAGAAUACACCAAAAGCGAUCUAACGUUUGAAAGUGAUAGGCUUGUUGCCAUUGCUGGCCUUGCUAAGCUAAUCGCAAGUAGGACUGGUGGGACAUAUCUUGCUGGUAUUUGGCUGGAGUCUUGGAUGAACGGCCUUCUUUGGAAGCCAGGAAAAAAAAGAUCCCGAAGCCUCAACCUCAAGGCAAAGGAAUUAACCAUGGUUCCGCCCUCGUGGUCUUGGCUGGCAUUUCCUGGAUCGGUGAAGACAGGUGCCGGAUUUGGUGAAGAGGGACCGAUUAUCUCAAUGUCAACUCCUAACUCAUUCGAGUCAGAUACGUACUGGCCAUUAGCUCUUCUGAGCCAGGCUAUAGUCAUUCCAUCAACAAGCGACCCUUUUUCGUCCUUCGAACGAGCUAUUUUGAAGAUUCGGUGCCUGCUCAUGCCGGUAACAUUCGGAGGUAUUCCCCACAGAAACGAGCCAACAUGGUUCUUCCGUCACGAGAGGGAUGUCGAAUUAUCUUCAGUUGGGCUGAGUCGUCUCCGGCUUCGAGCUUGUGAGCGAGAACAUGGGAAGAGAUGUGCCAUCUUUCAACUCCAUUUUAGCGAGUAUAUUGACAUGUCUGUGCAAUAUUUUCUCGUCCCACUCUAUAUUCGCCACCUUAAAUCGCUGCCAAAUAUCAAGCGCUGGCCACAUUGCUAUGGGCUUGUGUUACAGGAACUCCCAGGCGGUAGCACCCGAGAAUUCAUCAGGGUCGGAAUUUGGAGCGAGGAGCACAAUUGGCCAUCUCAGCUCAUCCCUAUGAUCAGCAACACAAUCGCCAAACUAGACCUGAAGAAAUCGGCCUUGAGUGAUGGAAACUUGACUGAAAAUGAGCGCGUUUUUGACUUGAAGCUUCAUGAGUAUGCAAUAGGUCAUGCUGCUUCAGAAGUGGAAAUUCCUACGAAGGUCGUUGAAGAGGUAGUGGAACAUCAGCCAAAUAUCGAGGAACUCAAGGAGAAGGCCGCUGUUUCCGGGUCUGAGGCUGAUGAACAAGAGUCGAAUAAAGUAGAUAAAGAAGAAGGGCCCUCAACGCCCCUCGAAGUGGUAGAAUGCUCGUUGCUGCCGCAUUUCACUACUGCAGAGUGGGGUACUAUCUCCUUAGUAUAG